AUGGAUUUAUUGGAAUAUGCUCAGAAAUUAGUUGCCAAAGGAGAUAAUAAUCAGUCCCAAAACGCUCAAUAUUUACAAACUCUUAUUCAGCAAGGAGAUUCACCAGUUAAGGAUAAUAAGCAACCUGGUAAUAAUACUUCUUUAUUAGUUGGCGGAUUAGUUGUUUUUGGAAUUUCAGCUAUGGAUAUUUACCAGGAACCAGACGACGAUAUUGGUGGUAUACUAGCUGCGAAAUUUCCCUUAAAUCCUGCUAACAAAAAAAACGAUCAGUUGAAAAUCAAUAAACCAUUAGCGCUAAUUGCUAAUAAUGAAGAAAAGCCUGCUAAAAAAGAAGCAAUUUUACUCCAAAAAAUCAAACUUUUAGAGGAACAAUUAAAAUAUACCCAGCAGUUAGUCCAACAAGAAAAACAACGAGCCGACCAAUUGGAAAUCAAAUUAAAAGUAGUUGGGAAGUUUCUUUAUCAACAACAAAAAAUUAACUACUAUAAACAGCUAGAAAAAGAGCAAGAAGCAAAAAUAGAGCAACCACUUCUUAAACCUCCUAAUAAAUAA